GAAUUGCAAGAAAUAGAGCGAGAUUCACCAUCAUUUUGUAGUGCUGGCCCGAUUGGUGAGGAUCUAUAUCAAUGGCAAGCCACGCUUUUGGGACCUGAUGAUGGCCCAUACGCUGGCGGUGCAUUCACUCUUAAUAUCCAAUUUCCAACAGAUUAUCCGUUCAAACCACCUAAAGUAAAUUUUACAACUAAAAUUUACCAUCCGAAUAUUAAUAAUAAUGGUGACAUAUGUUUAGAUAUUCUAAAAGAUCAAUGGUCACCCAGUUAUAAUAUCGUUAAAG